AAAGGGCUAGCAAAAGUCAGUGAAUGGGUAAAUCGCCAAUAAAAUCCGGUAUCAUAAAACAGACUCCAAGGGGUCGUUUGGUUUGCGCAGUGUAGUCCUAUGAGGUUGAGGAAACGAGUUAAAUUAAUAUGCUUUUAAGGUAUCAUAUCUCAUAUCAUGUUAUUGGUCGAUUACUGGAAUCAAUAUUUCAAUUUAAAAAAAUUAAAUAAAUGAGCUUGAAAAGAGGGGCAGAAGUGUGGUCUGAGAUCAGUAGAACACAGCAAAGCACCGAUCAUUCUGGUUCCAGGCAAAGCGAACCUGCAUAUGGAAAAAUGACACUGGAGGAAUUUUUUGUCAGGGCAGGUGUAGUCCGAGAAGAAAGUGCCAGACAAGCACAACCACCUCCUCCUCCUUCUCUUCCCCCUCAGCUGCCUCAGCUUCAGCCACAGCCUCACUCUCAACUGGCCUAUGGUAUGCAUGUAAACUACGAAAAUACAGCAGCAUCUAGCUUUAUGGUUCUGGGAUAUGGUGGUGCUGGUAGCUUAAUAUUCUUACUCUAUUCAAAUCACUGCCACAAAUUGGGAAGGAAGCGGAAUGGCCCUGUGGAAAGGGUCAUUGAGAACCGUCGAAAGAAGAUACUGAAAAACAGGGAGUCUGCAGUAAGAUCCAGAGCAAGAAAACAUGCGUACACGGUUGAACUAGAAGCAGAGCUGAAUCAUUGGAAAGUUAAGAAUGCUUACCAGUUACCUCAGACAUAGAUUGGCAGCGUUAAAGACCAGCACUAUUCACUCAAACUAAUCUUGUGAGCCCAUAAACACAAUUUUACAGAAAUGGUGCAAUGUGAUGAUGUCAUUCCUUGUGGAGAACAUUGAAGCAGAAGAAGCCAAAGAUGAGGCCCGGGCAAAAGAUAAACUCGGAUUGUUGAGGAGGUGUCCCAGCUCCCCAUUCUAAAGCAUGGUGGCAAGUUUACUCCGUGAGGUGGACCUCCUUGUUGUGAUAAAUAUGAAAAUUGGAACCCCAAACUCGUGUUCUGUUGUUAUUUAUGUUUCUGGAUGUUCCACAUUACAAUCUGUGUAUGCAUGUGGAUUUUAUAGUUUUUUGCAUGAAUUUUAAAAAAAUGUCGGCAUAAAUAUUCACAACUGAAUGUAAACUGUAAAUAUGGAAGAAAUGAGCUA